ACUAUACAUGAUUGGUGUUGUUCGUUGCCUUGUAAUCAUGGUGAUUGAUUUGGUCUGCCUCAAAUAAGCAAAAAACUAUAGUUUCUUUUGAUAAUGUAGAAAAAUCGGUGUAUACAAGUGUUCGAAAGUGUUUUUUACCUAUCCAAACAUUAAAUUAAGGGCAUAUAUACCCGUUAAAUAUAGUAAAUAGAGUGUUAGUGGAUGUGAUAAGGACGAUAAGAGAUUUGCUGUUAAAACGCGCUAGUUGGUAAUUGUUGGCAACAACGUUUGAUAUGAUGCAGAUGCAUUGUGAAGUGCUUAAAUUGUGUGAAACAUUAAUUUCAUAUAAUCCAAUAACUAUGUGUAAUGUACCACCUAAGUUCUUUCAAGUUUGUCGUUUAUGCCUUACUUUGGUCAAAGAGCAUGACGUUGAGGUGCUGCAAAUAUUUAAUUCAUCAUCAUCAGCAGCAGCUACAGCUACAGCGAAGACGACGACGAAUGAUUCGUUUGGCUCUGAAAAUGAAGCAAAAGAAAUCACGGAAAAUACCCCCAACCAACAGUUUCACCAUCAUAAACAUCAUCGUCAAAUACAAUCACUUCAUUUCGGAAGGCCACAAAGUAGCUGCAGCACAAAAAAUGAUUGUAGCUCUGAUAACCUAUCUCUAUCCCCUGUACCAGUUUUUAAGUGUGAGGAAGAGAUACCAGAUAAUAAUCUAAGUACAUUUGUGCCGAUUGUGCCUUCUUCCAUUGCUACAACUGAAACUUCUACAUAUGGAAUCAGUCAAUUGAUGUCUAAAUCAUUGGAAAUAAACGAGGUGGGGGGCUUUUCAACAACUAAUCCACAUAUACCAGCAGAAAAUGCCACACAUGUGAAACGCAAGAUUACAUUAUCCAAUGAUAACGAAGAAGGCAAAAGCAAUGAUGGCAUAUCUCUGGGAGAGGAGGUGUUCAAGAAGGAAAACCAUGAUGAUUCAUCACCACAUAUUACCAUUCAAAUACUCAGCUGUCUCUCUAUAAAGAUUUCUCCAGGUGAUGGCUUGCCCGCCAUUAUUUGCAACAACUGCAGAACACAAUUGAAUGCAUUUUGGAACUUUCGAUUGAUGGCUCAAAAAGCAGAUUUUACAUUAAAAGAAUUAACGAAGUUCUCUAAACAGAAUUCUGCCGAACCCGAUACUCGUUUCGCCGGCCACUCAAAAUCGCCACCUUGCGGCAAGUCUUCUUCAGAGCGUAUGGCAGCAAAGGCUUUAACCGAAUUAAGUAAAUCCUCAAAAACUUAUUUUGCUAAUUAUAAACCCAUAAUUGCUACUGCCGAUAAUUAUGCUGAAGCUAGCACACACGCACCAGCAGUUGUCACUAAAGCACUGCAUAAAUCGAAUAUAAAUGAAAAUGAAGAUAUUUUCAAUACUGCAUCUUGUUCUUCAAAAACUCCGCCCAUAAUGAGAAAAAAAUUACGAGUAUUAUCACCACCAUUAGCGCCACCUUUGCCGCCACCACCGCCGCCGUUACAACAAACCGUCAGAUCAGCUGGUGAAACGAAAACAAGUGUAACCGGGAGUCAAGCAUCAGCGGAUGAAAUGAUAUUAGAAAAUCGUACGACCACAGAGUAUUAUACGAAUAAUAAUACACCGUUAACUUAUGAUGGUCUUAUUUCGCCAAAUACAAUUGCAAAUAGUUUAUUAAAUUUGAAAAAUGAAAGUUUACCGAAUAUUGAGAAUAUUCGUAAUUUACAACAAAAACUCGAAACGGCUGCAGUGCUUAUGGAUAUUAGUAAAAAAGUGAUCAUAUCACCACCAUGCUCGAAUCGUCAGUCUCCAAAUCUACCUUCAAUGCAAACAACAGAUGAAAGUAUUAAAAAUUCUGUGAUAAAAAAUGAACGUCCAUCAAAUGAAAAGACAACAACAACUACUACAGCAACAACAGUAACCGCAACAGUUACAACAACACAACAAGAUGGAAAGGAAAUAGACUUAUCAAUUAAAAAAGCGAAACAUGAAUUCUCAAAUACACAACCAACAACUACAACAACAACUGUAUCUCAAUUACUACAUUACACACGUCCUACAAUACUCGAAUUGCAACAGCAACAGCAACAGCAACAUCAACAAAAACAACAGCAUCAACCACAACAACAACAACAACAACAAACACACAUACAACCUGUAAAUUUAGAAUUAGAAACAACAAGUAUUAUUAAAGGAGGAAUUGAAAUUACAAGUAGACCUUGUAGUAGUACCCAAUUAACUAUACCUAUUAAAAAGGAAGCAACAACUGCAUAUACAGACUCCGAUGAGAGUUCCGAUUCGAAUCGUUUGGAAAUGGAUAUGGGUUCCAUGUUGAAUGAACGCAAAACGCCGGAUAGUAUAACGUCGGAGGAGCAAGCAACAGACGUUGCGACCACACAAUUGUGGCAGGCGCUUGCACGAUCAGCUGCAAACAACGAAAACAAUCAGCUGCUCCGGCAUAUGAUACAUCAAUCACUUGUAUUCCCUGCGCCGUCUGCUGCUAUAUCGUCUGAGAAUGUACCUGAGGAACCGAUGGCAUUAUUAAAGGCAAAUUCUCAGUCAUUACAUUUAUUUAACACAAACUGCAACAUUAAUUUUUCACCUUUACAGAAUGAUAAUAUAAAUAAAUUGUGCCGACGAAAACAAACAUGCCCGACGAAAAAUGAUACAAUUGAACAACUGCCUAAUGUUAUGGCAGUUAAUGCCCAAAAUCUAGAGAUUAAUGCCAGUACACAUAAUCAAGUCGCUGUGGCGGCCGCAGCUGCAGCAGCUGCUGCUGCUUCCAUGCAAGAAAAGAAGAACAACAAGAAUGCUAACGCUAGCGCAGCCGGUAUUAUAAGCAAUCCAAAGGAUAUGUCCUGCUCUAAUUGUGGCACACUCACCACGACUAUUUGGAGACGUAGCAUUCGUGGUGAAAUGGUAUGCAAUGCGUGUGGGCUAUACUUUAAACUGCAUGGUGUAAAUAGGCCGCAUUCGAUGCGACGUGAUACAAUACACACACGGCGGAGACGUCCGAAGGAGUGUGAAAAGUCGAAGAAGAAAAAUAAACGCGCAAGUUCGCCCUCCGAAGUCUUAUGCAAAAUGCCCAUUUGUGGUACGAGUGGCGCAGGCGUUGAGCUCAAACAAAAUGUGUUCUUAACAGUUGAAAAUCCAGAACCAUCUGGUUUCUCCUUUGCGAAGUACAAGCGACACAUAGACGAGGAGCGAGCGAAUAUCAUAAAGGAUGGAUUGUUAAAGAAAAAGAAACUGCAACAAGGUACGAUUAAAGGGGAAUUCAAUCAGAUGGAUGAUUUUUUAGUACCUCUUAAUCUUGUCUCCAGUGAAAAUAAUACUAAGUUAACAUAAAACGCCAAAUCAGAGAAAUCAAAUCAAAAUAACGAAAUAAAAAUUACAAAAAAAGUAUAAAGAAGUUACAAAAAAUUAUUAAAAACAAAUAUUCAAUAAAAACAAAAACAAAAAAACAACGCGAAAGUUUAGCAAGUAGACUAUGAGUGCCGCGCAAGCAGAAAAAGGUUAAAAAAAAGCAGAAACAAAUUAUUUAAUAAAAUUAAAGAAAUAUAUGAGAAAUCAUAGAAGCAGCAGCAAAGGGAGGGAAAUUACAGCGCAAAAGUAAGAAUAGAAAGAAACGAAUACCAAAACAGAAAUGAAACAAUGUUUAUAUAGAGUGGAAAGAGGUAAAGCGAUGUUUUAACAUUAAUUAAUUAAAUAAUUAAUUUAACCAAGGGCAUAUAUACUUAAUACAUACAAUUUUAUAAGUUAAUAAUUUAUUGUAUAAUUAAAAGUUAAAACAAACAAAAAACGAAGCUUCAGUAUUUUUUGAACCACAAUGACAAUGUUUAUUACUACCCCAUUACUUAAAUAAUAGAAAUGCUUGUUUUAAAUAUACAAAAAAAAAAAAACAAAAAAAAUAUAUAUAUAUAAUAUAUACAUAUAUAUGAAAUUAAGAAAAAUUGUACAUAUUUAACAAAGCGAAAGAAUUGAAUCUGAACAAAGCAAAACCAAGCAAAGAAGAAAGCAAAGCAAAGCAUAAACAAAAACAAAAGCAAAAAAAUAGUUAAUACACACACUCACUUUAAAAUCUCUUGCCUAUAUGCGAAUCAUGUGAUAAUUACUUACAUUUAAUCUAUAAUAUCGAACUUAUUAAUCUUAUUAAAAAAACAAAGCAAUAUAAAUUUCACAUACAGGGUGUUUUAUUCGCAUAUAUUAAUGGACAAUCACAGAAAGGUCUUAUUACUCAAAGUUCAAAAACUUUUUAAAACGUACAUAUGUACAUACACAUGCAAACAUUAUGUUGCAAAAGCAAAAUAAUACAAAAAAAAAAAUUAAAAAAAAAAAAUUAAGUAAAAUUAAAUUAUAAAAAUUAUAAUAUGAGAGUAAUGUCUAACAUUAGCAACAUAUUUAAAUAUAUAACUUAACAAAUACUUACGUACAUUUUAAGGCUUGUAAUUUUGUCCACAUAUUUAUUACAAUUACUUAAUUACUUUUUUCACGGUAGCACACCAAAAAAUUAUAAUACAUAUAUACAUAUAUAUAACAAACAAAAAAAAGAAAAAAAUUAAAAUAAUAUUUAUAUUAACGAACACAAAGAGCAAAUGUAUUAUCUGCAACACUUAAGUCGUUAAUCGAUGUUUAUGUUUGAGCUGUUUUAUCAGUAUUAGCGCAGAUAUGCAUAUAUUUUUAUAAUAAUACGCUACGCAACCAAGCGUAGCAACAACAACGCUUUCAAAUGCAUAUAUAAACAUGUAUAUAUGUAUGUAUUUUAUAUAGCAUAGCGGCAGGUAUAUAUAUACAAUUGUAUAUAUAAGCAUAACGGCUACGCCCACAAGGCAAAACUUCGUGCUGAAGAUUACAAGUUGCUUGUUUUCAUACUCUCUUCUACUCUUACUCUGCCGUUCUUCAUUUUACGAUUUUUGCGCUCAUUUACUUAUUAAUAAAUCUCUUGCGGGAGACGCUCAAGAAAUAUGCGAAUUUAUUGUGAAGAUAUUGUAACUUAACUUAGAUCGUUGAACGAUGCAAAUACAUAUGUAUAUAUGUGCACCCUAAUGUGUAUAUACAUAUAUUUAAAUGUAAUAUUUCACCUUUUUUUUGUUGCUGUAUUUGUCGUGUUUUACUAUAGGUAGGGUAGCGUAGAACAGCUUAGUAAUUAUUUCUUUUUUUUUAUAUUUCUAAAAUUUUUUUUUGUAUAUUUUUAAUUUUUUUUUGUAUUUUUAAAAUUUUUUUUUGUAUUUUUUAAAUUUUUUUUUUUAUUUUUUAAAUUUUUUUUUGUAUUUUUUUAAUUUUUUCUUAUUUAAAAUUUUUUUUUUAAAUAGUUUUUUUACUUUUAUUUAUUUAUUAUGUAUUUUGAAUAUUUAAAAUUUGUUUUUUUUUAUUAAAGGAUGUAAAGCAUAUAUCUAAAUCCGAGCCGAGCCGCAACAAGCGUUUGCAGCAUAGAUUUGUUUUCAAUUUUGCUAUUAACAGUAUAAAAAAACAUGAGUUAGGCAUACUUUUAGGCGUAGAGACAUAGGCACUAACACAGACACACACCAAACUUAAGCUUUCUACACAAAUACUUGAUUUUGCAACUCAGUGAAACGUGUGAUUUAAAAAUAAUAAAAAAAAAGUUUGCUUAAAAUAAAAGUAUUACUCAAAAAUUAAAUUGAAAUAAGUUAUUAUAUGCUACUCAAAUUUCAUAAAAGCUGCUUUGUCGCUGCUAAUUUCUGUAAAUUAUAAAUUUUUUAAUUACAUAAAAAUUUAAUUAAAACGUUUUUCUGUUGCAAAAAUAUGUAUAUUUGAAAAAUUUAAAAAUUGGUAUUUUAACGGUUUUUAAACUAAACUCAAAUUUAGAAUUUGAAAGGAAUAUAAAAGCUAGUUGUAGGGCAUUUAAAAUUGCAAUCUCAAAGAAAAAACGGAAAUUCAAAAAAAAAACUUUAAACUGAUAUUAAAAAUUUGUAUAUUUUUUAUAAAUAUAUAAAGCGUGAUCUACUUUGUAUUCGAAUUCAUUAAGCUGAAUUUUUCUGAAUUAAAAAAAAAUUACAAAAAAAAAAAACGAAAUCCAAAAAGUAGCGUAGGCCGGACUACACCUUAGGCAUAGUAAGUCUUUAACAAAGCAAAAACGAGAACAAAAAUGGUAAACAUUAUAUUUAAAACUUGAUAAUCAAAAAUGUUUAAGUAUUCGCUAUUGCAAGAACAAUUUAGGUAGUCUUUUUUUCUCAUACACACUCGCACACACAAAAUACACACACACACCUACACUUUUUUCUCACUUUUUAAGUAUGUAUAGCAGUAAACUUAUGAAAAUUGCGAAAAAAAAUUAACUAAUAUAAAAUAUAAAUAUAUUUAUACUAUAAAGAAAAACAAACAAAUUGUAAAAAUUUCAAGCCCUUGCGAGGCCGUGUGGCUAUUUAUGCGCACUUACAAAUUGAGAUUAAUUUUUAUUACAAAAAAAAAAAAAAA